AUGGGAAAGAAAGCGGGAAAAGCAAAAGUGGCAAAAAGAGUAAAGAGGGAAAAGAAGGACGGGCCAAAGAAACCUAAGUCUGCUUUUAUGUUCUUUUCCCAAGAGAGAAGAAUUACACUUAAAACUGAGCAGCCUGAUCUAAAGAUCACUGAGCAAUCCAAAGUUAUAGGUGCAGAAUGGGGGAAAUUAUCUGAUGUUGAUAAGGCGCCUUAUGCUGAAAAAGCAAGCCAAGAUAAAGAAAGAUACAAUCAAGAAAAAGCAAAUCAGCUUGCCCCUGCUGAAGAAGAGGAAGAAGAGAAAAAAGAAGAGUCAGAGGAGAGCGACGAUGAUUAA